UAUGAUUGUCGAAAUUGGUAACUAGAAGUUUGUCUGCAAAAUUAUCGAAAGUGGCAAUGAAGGUUGGCUCGUGACCGUCAUCAGAAAUAAUAGUUGGAAUUGAGUAUCGACGAUGACCGAAAGUGGUGUAUAGUUGAUCGACAAACUCUCUUAGAUUAAAUUAGGAAAAAAAAAUAGUGUAGCUCUUCUUUCCAAACAAAAAAGGGGAAAAAAAAACGUAGCCCUUAAAUCUGGUGAAGGAAGUAAUAGGAAUGAGAAUUUACUAAUUUAGGGCUUCUUGCUCCUCAAGCUUACUCACAAAAAUUCGAUACCCACUCCGACCUCGAAGCACGACCGCGACAGCUAAAAUGGCCGAUGGAGAAGAAGCCGCCCGGCGUCAUACGGCGGUCAAUGACUACCGCAAGAAACUCCUUCAGCACAAAGAACUCGACGCUAGAGUCCGAUCUCUGAGGGAGAAUUUACGAGGUGCAAAGAAAGAAUUUAACAAGACUGAAGAUGAUUUGAAGUCUCUGCAAAGUGUUGGCCAGAUUAUUGGAGAAGUUCUCAGGCCGCUUGACAAUGAACGCUUGAUUGUCAAAGCAAGCAGUGGACCAAGAUAUGUGGUUGGAUGCCGUAAUAAGGUGGAUAAGGAUAAAUUGACGUCUGGUACUAGAGUGGUACUUGAUAUGACAACACUCACUAUUAUGAGGGCUCUUCCACGCGAAGUAGAUCCAGUUGUGUAUAAUAUGUUGCAUGAAGAUCCUGGUAAUGUUAGCUAUUCUGCUGUGGGUGGUUUGUCUGAUCAAAUUAGAGAAUUGAGGGAGUCUAUCGAGCUACCUCUCAUGAAUCCUGAGCUUUUCCUUAGGGUUGGUAUCAAACCUCCCAAGGGUGUGCUUCUAUAUGGUCCUCCUGGUACCGGCAAGACAUUGUUGGCAAGAGCAAUUGCGAGUAACAUAGAUGCCAACUUCUUAAAGGUUGUAUCAAGUGCCAUAAUUGAUAAGUACAUUGGAGAAAGUGCAAGGUUAAUACGUGAGAUGUUUGGAUAUGCACGUGAUCACCAGCCCUGCAUAAUUUUUAUGGAUGAGAUUGAUGCCAUUGGUGGGCGGAGAUUCAGUGAGGGAACAAGUGCAGAUCGUGAAAUUCAGCGAACAUUGAUGGAGUUACUCAAUCAGCUUGAUGGUUUUGAUCAGCUUGGCAAGGUCAAAAUGAUAAUGGCCACAAACAGGCCUGAUGUUCUUGACCCUGCACUUCUUCGACCAGGCCGAUUGGACCGCAAAAUAGAGAUUCCCCUGCCAAAUGAGCAGUCCAGAAUGGAGAUCCUUAAGAUUCAUGCGGCUGGAAUUGCCAAGCAUGGUGAGAUUGAUUAUGAAGCUGUUGUGAAGCUUGCAGAGGGCUUCAAUGGAGCUGAUUUGAGAAAUGUGUGCACCGAAGCUGGAAUGUCAGCCAUCCGUGCGGAACGUGACUAUGUCAUCCACGAAGAUUUCAUGAAGGCUGUACGAAAAUUGAAUGAAGCCAAGAAACUUGAGUCCAGCGCACACUACAGUGCUGAUUUUGGAAAAGACUGAAGUAAUGUAUUUUACUCUUAGCAGCCAAACUUUUCUAAGCACAAAACUUCUCUUCCCGGCGAGAUGAUGCAGUCCUUGGAUGCAGGCAGGGAAAACUGAGCUUUUUCCUGGUAUCACUGCUUAUCUUAGAAGUCAGAACCCUAGGAACUUGCUUGUAUCUGAGAUCACAGAUGGGAGAUCAUGAAUAUUCAUGAAAAUAUGGCUAUUCUUGUUAUCUUAUUUUCUAUUUCCAAGCUGAGAGAUGAACUGUCCACUGUGAAUGUGAUUAUUAUUUACCAAAACAUGAUAUCUGCGGCUCAGUUCACAGAAUAUACGAUUGAUUGGAAAGUUUAUGAACUGUUUUUAUUUGUAA